CUCAUGCUGAAGACGUUUUCCCCCCGUGUGCUCUGGAUGGUCUCCCGCAGCCAGGUCCACGUAUUGAGAUGAUCUAUUUCUGUGAUGGCGAAGGGUCUGUUUCCACGGGCCUGGGUGAAAAAGUCGUUCUACUUCCAGGCUCGGAUCUCCUUCGUGCGGGUGAAGUACCUGUUCCUCACAUGGCUGACGGUGCUGGUGGGGAGCUGGGUGAUCUAUGUGCAAUACUCCGCCUACACAGAGCUGUGCAGAGGACACGAGUGCAAGAACGCCAUUUGUGAUAAAUACAGGAAGGGGAUCAUUGAUGGCUCGGCCUGCAGCAGUCUGUGUGACAAAGAAACGCUGUACAUGAGCAGGUGUCUGUCAACACUGCCAAACAACCAGGUUUACACAGGAAGCUGGGGAGACCACGAUGGGAUCAUCCGCUGUAAGCUGGGCGAGGUCGUGCACUACGAGCUGGGCGAGGAGCCGGAGCCGCGCAGAGAGGCCCCCGUGUUCGACAAGCCCACCAGAGGCACGUCGGUGGAGAAGUUCAGAGAGAUGGUUUUUAAUCACCUCAAGUCCAAGCUUGGAGAGCAGGCUAACCUCGCCAGCCUCGUCAGCCAGAUCCUCUCCAUCGCCGAUGGCAACAAAGAUGGACGGGUGUCACUGCCAGAAGCCCGCUCCACAUGGGCGCUCCUGCAGAUGGACGAGGUGCUGCUCGGCUAUCUGCUCCAGGACCGUGGACACACUCCUCGCCUCCUCGGCUACUGUGGGGACCUGUACAUGACGGAGCGAGUUGCCUACAGGCCCCUGUAUGGCUUGUCUUUACCCUGGCCGCUGGUAUCCUGGGUGCCCAGUGGCAUGCAGCGCACUAUGGACCAGUGGUUCACCCCCUCCUGGCCUCGCAAGGCUAAGAUCUCUAUGGGCCUGCUGGAGCUGGUGGAGGACAUCUUCCACGGCACAUACGGCAGCUUUCUGAUCUGCGACCUCGCCGCGGCGCACUUUGGUUACACCGACCGACAUGAGCUCCGUCUGACUAACACCCGAGCGGUGGUUCCUGAGGCAGAGUUCAGGCGCACCAUGCGGGCGCUGAGGUGUGAGACGGAUGCCGACUGCGUGUACGGGGUGGACUGCCGGACAUCAUGCGACGUGCCUGAGAAGCGGUGCAGGGAGGAGCCGGUCCAGCCAAACUUGGCAAAGGCGUGCAGCACACUGAAGGACUACCUCCUGCGUGGGGCGCCAUCGGGAAUGAGAGAGGAGCUGGAGAGGCAGUUGUACGCCUGUAUGGCCCUCAAAGGUAACGCUGGACAGAUGAACAUGGAGCACUCGCUUAUCCUCAACAACCUGAAAGCUCUGUUGUGGAGACAGAUCUCACACACCAAGGACUCAUGACAAGGAGAGAAAGUCGCUCUGAAAUCAUGCCAGUCAACUCCUCACCUGGAGCUGAGUAUUACAGAUGCUGUGAUUUAGGAAUAGCAAAUUUAAUGAAGUAAUUUUUAUCAGGUCUUAACACUUAUGAAUGAUCAGACUGAAGGAGACUCUACCUCCUCACUCCCACUUUGACAAGUUUGAGGGCCUGGAACCCAUGUCUGGAAUUUAAAAAAAAACAAAAAACUGAAUGAUUGCAUGUUUCCAUCAGUCACACUUAAAAAGAGUUCACGCCGCCACAUUAUAUUGUAUUGUAUUGUUCACCACAGAGGAAUGUUACUGGGGCACUUAUGGACAAACAGAUUUGUAAACAGAUUUACUGUUGUUAGUCUCCAGACACCAAAUUGCUGUUUUUACCACAAAAUCAUGCUGAAAUGUUCAAGCUGUUCAGGAAGACGUGUAUUUUGUGAGAAACUCCAGUUUAAAGUGUAAUGAAGUGCACUAUUUGAAGCUCGAGCUCCUUAAUUUUGUCGCUGCUGAGCACGACGACAUCAUUAGGGGGUUGCACCUUUGAAGGUUAAGGCUGGUGAUACACUAUGUUCUCAUUUCUUUAGUUAGUUAGCGCUCAGUGCUUCAGUGCUUAUCAAAGGUAUGAAUAUUUAAGCACAGCUAUCAAAAUGAUCCUUCAAUAAUCUUUUCUUUAAUGAUUUCUUUAAUAGCUGGGCCAUGUAUUUUUUAGCUAAUUUAAACAAACAGGAAUCUGAUGAAUUUUGUGGGGACUACCUUCAACAAUGGAACAGGAAUUUUAUCAUUUUAUCACUUCCUCAACUGAAAAGAUGACAGACGGUGAUAAUCUGGAGGGACAUGGGCUUAUAUCUCUAGUUAAAACCACGCAUUUGAUUACCCAUUAGCAUGUUAGCAUUCAACCACUUCCUAGCUAACAUUACGGUUUGAUGACAUUUAAUGGGUUUUGCUCCCAGGUUUAACUAAAUGUGUCCAGGAUCUGCAGUGAUAUUCUUAGAAAUAAUGUAAGCUUUAAAUACCGUCAGAGUGCUAGGAAGUGUUUGAACGCUAACGUCAUCUUUGACUAUGACCCGCCAGCUCUAACACAGCAGUACGACAUUUGAGUUUACUCGAUGGGCAUAUCGGAGGAAAAAGGCCACCAUGUUAAUAUGGCACAGAGAGUUGGCUAUUUUAGGUUUUGUUAACAAAGGCUGAUAAUGAGGGAGCAAAAAUAGGAUAUCACCAGACUUAACUUUUAAAAUGUGUCACACAGUGACAAAUUUGAAGGUAAAAUGCAAUUAGUGGAGUUAUUUAACACUGAGCAUUGAAACUGUGCUGGAGGCUUUUCCUUAAAUUGUCUCAUCUGCAUGUCAAGUUGAGGCAGUUCAUUAGUUUGGACGUGGACAAUGUGAUGAUAACUGUCAGUGUCCCCUCGAGGUGACACACUGAAUGUCAGUGUACUUCACUGUGCUGUACAUCCUCCACCUGUAACGCUAGUGACAUCAAUGCUGCAUCGACGACACGAAGACAAACUAUGUAUUUAAUUUGUGAAUGUUAGUUGUUUAUCUCACUGAAAAGAGCAUUUGUGAUACUGUGCUGUAUUCACAUUACAUUUGGAUUUAUUCUCAGUGCCAUAAGGAUCAUACUGAUGUCAUUUAUGAAUGUUUUACCACCAGUGGAGGUGGAGAUCUUUAUCUAAAGUCUCGUGGUCACAUCUGAAUGCUGUAUAAAUUUCCCACAAUCCCCUCCAGACUUUGCUGUUGUAAAGUUACUGUGACUGAGUCGACAACCGGACUUGUUUAACCACUCUAACUGCAUUUCAGAACAGACGUGACCUGUUAAAGCAUGUCAGUGCUGCUGUUUGAAGUAUGAAAUGUAAAAAAAAAAAAAAAGUGUUUACAUGUUGAAGAGACCAGCAUGAUUUUGCACAAUUAAACUACACACCACUUCACUGUAA